GAAGCGGUUUUACACCAUGGAGCGGAACUAUGGGGAGGGGGAGACCAUGGUUCAGUAUCUCCAGAGGGUGGAUGAGAAUUUGAGGGCUUUGGAGGAGCUAGAUUACACGGUAGAUGAGAAGGAGAUCAUCUAUACUGCACUCCAAGGGUUGGAUCAAGCGGCUAAUGAGGCAUUACUACAGUACCUUCACCUCGAGCAACAGAAAUGGACCAAGGUGUGGAUUUGGGAGGUUUUAAUUUCUGAUGAGGCUCGCAAGGUUGAUGCUGGAAGAGGCCUAGAAGGAGGCAUGGGGGCAGCAGAUAAAGCUUCCUUCAGGAAAGGCUAUCAAUAGCAAGGAGACUCUGGAGCAACAUCUGGGAUGCUUCCUCGCCGUGAUCUUUUCACCUCCUACCAUCCUCUCCCACCAAACUCUAGGAGAGUGAUUGUUGGGAGCGGAGAUUUGCUGCAGGCAAUUGGCAUCGGCACGAUCACCAUUAAGGGGAAGGAGGGGGAGCUAGUGGGUGUGAAGGGGGUCCUUCACGUCCCUGGUUUGGCUGCAAACCUCCUUUCAUGCUCGCAGCUGGCUAAACAGGGAUACAU